AUGAGUCAGAUGCACAUGUAUGCAAUGUACAUAUGCAUGCAUACACAGUGCACAGAGAGUGUAGUUUCCAGGUCUGGCGGGCGAGAGGGUUUGGACUGGCAAACGCAGACAGCAUCGAAUGCGGCGAGAGGAGCGGAAUGGACAGCGGCCGAGAUUCUGGACGGCGCGCAUGCAGGUGGUGAUGGUGGUGGUGGAGUGACGACCGGGCCGCGCCUUAUUGGCAGGUGCGCAGGGCCCGGGCGCGGCACUAGCUGGUUGGGUAAACUGCUGGCCAAUGAGAGCAGGCGAGGGCGGGAGGCGCUGGAUGAUGAGGUGUGGAAAUUAGUAUUGGUCGGGCUUUCUGCACAGUAUUUGCAAGCCAGCGAGCGGGCGAGUCCGAGUGAGAAAUGUGGCCAUUUGCAUUUACACGGAAUAGUAGCUCCAGCACCUCGGAGAAAGCGUUCGUUCAGUGCAGCCCCCACGCGCGCCGCCGCCAAUCCCGCGCAAGAGCGAGGGCCCGUCGCCUUUCUCCACGUUGUCCUACUGCAGGGUGGUGAUAUUAGAGCCUCGUUUGUCCCAGUUGUGCCGGCGGCCCUGUCGCAGUCCAUGCUAGGUUGUAUCAGUGGUGGUGGUGGUCGUGUCCAGGGGCCGGGAGAGGGGGGGCCCUGCAUCUACCCCUCACCUCUUCAGCCAGGCGUGCACCCCAAUUCGAGAUAUUAUCCACUGCCACGGCACAUGGUCUUCUUAUCGCGGCUACUGCGCAAUCACUUGGUCAAGUCGCCUGAGCCUGAGCGUCCGUUGCUCGGCAGCCUGAGAGCAGCGGCAGCCCACCAGCUUACAUACUGCUCCCGCCAUUCCCCAUUGCCCAUCCCAUCCUCUCCUACCCGCGCCCGUCCUGCUGCUCCCACACGACCUGCGCACUUGGACUUGCUUUUCCCCACGCUCCAGGGUGCACACUUUGUCCAACCCCCCGCACACAACCCACUCGACGCCUCUCUACAGCGCCCGUCCCUGCAAGUCAUUGCCCAGACCAUCGGUGAUUUACGAGACGCUCUCGCCCGCCCCUCCAGGCGGCUCCCCGUAGUCCUACACACCCACAUACUACUGCUACCCACGCACGCACGCACGCACGCGCGCGCACACACACUUGCCACACCACCACCACUACCACUACCCUUGAUUAGUACCUGA